UACAGUGACUGAAUCUGCUAUUGACCGAUUAGCCACGGUGGAUUCCAUUAAUUUCCUAACAAAUGUGAUUAGUCAUCUCCCUCAGCAAGCCACACGCCCACUAGUGUACGACAACUCCCUGACCCUCUGAAUCUUUUUCCGUUCUUUUCUUCUUUCAUUCUCCAGCUGGCUCAGUCAUCAGUCCGAUUCUCUGAGUAAACAGAGAGAUAGAUCGGAGAGAAAGAUGACGGCAAUGAGUUAUUUCCUCGAAUCAGUGCUUCCAUUUUCAGUCAUGGUUGGUCUCGAGCUCAUCAGCGUUGGGCUAAACACCCUGUUCAAAGCUGCAACGUUGCAGGGCAUGAGCUACCAUGUCUUCGUCGUCUACGACUACGCUACCGCCGCUCUCGUACUCCUCCCAGCUGUUUAUGUCUCUCGCAGAUCCACAAGUGCUCUUCCUCCUUUGACUUCUCGCAUGAUAUGGAAAAUUUGUCUUCUUGGGCUCAUUGGGGGAGCAUCUAAGAUGAUGGGUUACACAGGGAUCAAUUUCAGUUCACCAACACUGUCUUCAGCCUUAAGCAACCUCACUCCAGCUUUUACAUUCAUAUUUGCCGUCAUGUUCAGAAUGGAAAAGGUUACAAUGAGGAGAAGAUCAAGCCAGGCCAAAAUUGUGGGCACCAUAGCUGCAAUCACAGGUGCAUUUGUUAUAACCUUCUACAAAGGUCCUCCAAUUUCCUUUGCCACCACUACACCACCAUCAUCAGUUCUUUCUCAACUUGAUCAACAACCUUUUCAAGUCUCGUCAUCGACAACCCCGAAUUGGAUUCUUGGUUCCGUUUUUCUGACCAUUCAAUACAUACUAAUUCCACUCUGGUGUGUUGUUCUGACUCAGAUAAUGGAGGAGUACCCUGCGGAACUCACGGUAACCUUUCUAUACGACUUGGUAGUAUGCAUCUUUGCAGCAGUUGUUGCUUUGAUUGCUGAAGGAACAUCUUCGAGCGCCUGGUUGCUUAGCUCGAGGAUUGCAUUUGCCUCGGUGUUAUGCUCGGGAGUGUUCGGAUCAUGCAUGAGCAAUGCUAUCGAUGCAUGGGCGCUAAGGGUUAAGGGGCCUCUAUUUGUGGCAAUGUUCAGUCCAUUUUCCAUGGUGAUUGCUGUUGUCAUGGGUGUGGUGUUUCUGGGGGAUCCACUGCUUCUUGGAAGCCUAAUUGGAGCAACGAUCAUAUCCGCCGGGUUCUACAUGUUGAUGUGGGGAAAGGCGAAAGAGAUCGAUAAUAGUGAGACCAAAUUAGAAGAAAAUAUGUGUCACAAUAGCAGCAGCCUGCAGGCACCCCAGUCUGGAGAGGAUGUUCAUGCCCCUUUGCUGCAAAGCUACAAAACUGAACAAGUGUAACAUGAAUUCAUGUGCAUAAAAUCUGUAUCUUGGACUUGUAUUAUGUACAGUUCUGUUCAAGAAAUCUCUUAAGAACCAUAGACGAAGCAUGAAACUUGGGCUCUUCAAAUUCAGCCUCCCAUUUGUAUAAUUGUAUCCCUCACUCUGCAAAUGUAAAAUAGUGAGAGCAGCAGAAAGGUUUAUGUUUUGCUGUGAUCUGUCGACUGAAAUGAAAGAAGCCUACUAACUAUGAUAAAGAAAGCAUGUAAUGUAACUUGGGGAGUGUUUGGAUCGUGCAUGAGCAAUGCUAACGGUGCUUGGGCACUCCAGGUGAAGGGCCUCUAUUUAUGGCAAUGUUCAGUCCAUUCUUCAUGGUGAUUGCUGUUGUGAUUAGUGUGCUGUUUCUGUGGGACCCAUUGCUUGUUGGAAGGUAUGUUCAUCAAGUUUAUAUUUGAGAGUCUUUCCUUUCCAAUCAAGUGCCAUAAGGGGAUCAACUUUUCUACAUGCUCUGAUCAAAUUCGGCCUCCUAAUUGGAGCAACGAAUAGAUAAGCUGGGUUCUA